AUAUCAGCAGUCAUCGAUAUGUGCCCUAAACAAACAAACAUGUAAUUAAAAUUAAUUAAAAUACAUACAGUUCAUGUACCCCAAACACAAAACUUAGUGGUCCACCGACAUGAGUGUGUUCCCAAGAUACCCAAACACCAGGCUAGUCCUGUAGCAUUAAUUUUACCGAUUGUGCUUCUUGUGCGGACUUUUGCAAUGCUGAGCGAGGAUCGGGAUUCGUCGGAAGAAGCAAAUGGAUCGUGCCCCGCCUGGAAAUUCCGCUGCAGCGUGGCCAGGUGCCCCUACAGGACGAAUAGGCCCUUCAACCUGUCGCGUCAUGAGGAGUCCCACGCCGGAAUUACUGAACCCAAGCUGUACGGGUGUCCCGUUUGCAUCUACAGCACCGACAAGGCAUCGAAUCUGAAACGACAUGUGUCCCUCAAGCAUCCUGCAUCCAAGAAGGGGUUGCCGGAUACGCCGCACCAGCAUCGCAAUGUCAAGAUGCAAUGCCAGGUGAUGGGCUGCAGAUACGAAACAAAUCGCCCCUACGACCUAAAGCGCCACCUGAUGGUGCAUAACAAUCCGGAGAAGAGCCACAGGACAUUUAAAUGCUCCCUUUGCACGUACAGCUCCGACAGAAAGGCUAAUCUCAAGCGGCACCACGAGCUACGUCACUCGGGUAUAGAGGAGGCCAUACAAACUGCGGAGGAACUGCGCCAAGAGAGGCUGCUGGAAAGGCAAAUGCUGAAGCAGAAGGUGCAAAAGCUGAAGGAUCAGCAGUUGAAACAACGGCACACCAAGCAACAGAUGCUAGAGGACCAAAUUAUUGAAGUACCUAUGCUGAAAAAGCAGGUGGAGCACGGAAACAUCCCUUUGCCGGCAAAGAACAAGAUAUUGCCAGUACUGCCAAAAGCAAAAGAAGCCAUCCUAAGCAGUGUGAUAGAGAAACAUGUCAAAAAUGAACACGAGGAAGAAAAUGAGGAAUAUGUUUACGAAGAACUGCAGGAGGAGCAGCCACCCAUCAUCACCAUUUGCAAACCGCAGAUUAUCCAUGGAGACAUCAGCGAUAAGCACGUCAUCGCUGUCAAUGUUAAUGGCCAGCUGCGAUGGUUCCAGGCAAUAGAUCCGCCGCCAGGAGCUCCAACAAAACUAGACAUGCCCAUGAGGAACCCUUCAAUUUCCGCCCAGCAGCAAAUGGAUGAAUUGGACGAUGAGUUGGCCCUGUCCCUUGCCGAGGAAGAUCACCAGGAUGAAUUUCUCGAGCGAAUGCUGAGCGAAGAGAAACCACACGAAGGAAAACAGUCCCCGCCGACAGAACUGACUUGGAGUUGGAGUACUCCGGACGCUGUACAUCACAUUAGUCCCACAGUUGAAGACAAGGAGGAACUUACAACUGACGAUGCAGAUACAGAUUUUCCAGAUUGGUGGGAUGAUGGCAAGUACACGAAGAUGCACAAGAACCAAAAAUUUGCGAAUCACUCGAAGAAACCGUCGCAGGCAAAUGUGCAGCGCAUCCUGCGCAUAAUCUAUGAUGUUUAUUACAAGCCCUUCAAGGAAGAUCGCAAACAGUUUGAGGCAUUUCAAAUUAAGGACUCCUGGCUGUCCGCGACUCGAAUGACUCGCAUACAGAUAGUCAAGGACAUGUACUCUAAACAGGGCACGUGAAGUCAAACUUGAUGGAAACCUUUUCAAAAAUUGGUUCGUUUUUCAUAUCGGUGGGGAGAAUACUAUCAAAUUGUACAGUUUAUUAUUUAAAGUGUAUAGUAACCGAAUUAAGGAAAAGUACUUUAGCACCAGAAAAAAACCACUAACAAUAAGUCCAAAAAAAGUAUAAGUAUAAAUAGAUAUAGAUAUAGAUUGAAAAAUCAUUAGUCAUAAGUUGAUAAACAUCAGAAAUAUAUUUAGGAAUUGUAAAUUAAAAAUAAUGUUAUUCGAUAAAUUGCGUGUUGAAAAUUUCAACAAUACGAUCGCACAAAAAAUAAUAUAUGGUAUUGUCGGAAAAAAAUCAAUUAAACAAAAAAAAAAUAGUAGUAUAUUUCUUUAAAUAUGACAAACUACAAUUUUGUAUAAACAUGUGUCAAACUUCAAUCACAAGUUUCAUAUGAUUUGUGAUUUAAGACGAUCGAUAUUACGGAUCCGAAACGGAAAAACAUCGGUAUCAGGAAAAUUUGCUGGAAAAAUCGAUAGCUUGGAAUGUGUGCAUCGAGUUUUGUUCCAGCCCUAUCGCAAAGUAAUGUAUAUUUCAGCAGCGUUCGCAGAAAUUUUUGCAUUUUAAUUACUUUGACUGUGAAUAAGGGUAUGAUCACUGUUAUUAAGUGUGUUGCAUAGCAGUGAAUUACAGCAGACCGAAAUUCCACAUAGAGAACGCGAAAUUGGUGCAGAAGUAGCCACAAAAGCAAAACACGCAGGCCGGAUUAGACGCUUCUGAUAUGCACGAGGUGGCGAAAGCUGAGCGAGAAUCGGGCGGCAGAUGACAAGGACAACGCCACGCACAUGGCGGCAAGGCUACAACAAGGAUACAGGAUACGGCCAACCGGAUAUUAAACCAUCAACACUAGCCAGCACGGAAAAACAAAA